AUGGGGAAUUAUGAGACUAUUGCACUAACGCAAAAAUGCAACACCAUUAUACAAGAAAGUAUUCAUCCAAAAAUGCAAGAUCCAAGAAGCUUCACUAUUCCUUGUCCAAUUAGAGGAGUUUACAUAGGGCAAGCCCCAUGCGAUCUUGGAGCUAGCAUCAAUCUCAUGCAAUUAUCAAUGUUAAAGCGACUGGGAAUAGAAGAACUUGCACCAACAAAAGUUACUUUACAAUUAGCAGAUCGUUCGCUGGUACACCCAGAAGGAAAAUUGGAGAAUGUUCUCGUGAAGGUGGAUAAAUUUGUCUUGCCAUCCGAUGUCAUUAUACUGGAUUAUGAAGCUGACAAAGAUGUACCCAUUAUUUUGGAAAGACCUUUCUUAUCCAUAGGAAGAACCCAAAUUGAUGCGUACAAAGGCGAGACAACCAUGCAAGUCAGUGGCCAAAAGAUGAAGUUUAACAUUCUUAAGGCAAUUAAAUAUUCUGAUGAGGUCAACACAUGCCAAGCAGCUAAAUUGGAAAAGUAUUAG